UCUGCUUUCUCUAGUGUUAGUGAGAUGUUUCACAACCACAUAAAUUUUGCUGGUUGAAAAUAUAAACAAACUGCUGUCAAGCCUGGUCAAACCAUCAGUGAAAAAAUAGUAGCAAAACCAAAUUGCCGUUCCAAAAAUGGAUUGUGAAGUCGCAGCUCAGAGAUACCGCGAGAAAGUUGCUAUGUGCUACGGGGUGAAUCCGUCAGCAUUGCAAACGAAACCUCAGGAAGUGCCUUUAACAGUAACGUUCGCCAGCAUCUAUCAAUUCCUGGUAGUUGACCCCAAUCCGUUUACGGGAGCCCCCAAGAACUGUGCCAAAGGAAUGGAUGCAAUUUUUUAUUACAAAAAUGGCUGGGUGAAAAGCGUCUCAGGCAAGAAGAUCCAAGAUAUUUUUGUAGUGCAUGGAAUUGUGCGACAUUCGUUUGCACUCAACGAGAAGCCGCUCACGCCGUGGAUUUUAAUCAAUGAGUCCGGAAAGAUACUUGCGGCACACUGCAAUUGUGCAAUUGGUCUUCUGGAAGCUUGCAGCCACGUCGGAGCAACGCUUUUUGCCCUAGAAGGGAUUCGAACAUCGAUAAUCGAGAAGAAGAUGUCUGUUACAGACUUGCCGGCGUACUGGAAAAAGCCACCUGAAAGUAUCAAUGUCAAUCUUUAUAAAAAAGGAACCGAUCAACCGUUCCACAUGUAUCCUUAG